AGGGAGCGCUGAGCUGUAGCUAUAUAAAAAAAAUGUUCCAGCUGUUUGAUAGCCGAAAGCACGCGCAAAAUGGAAGAAGUUAGUAAAUUGGUUCACUGUAUCGUCGACAAGUAUAGCUCUCGCUUGAACCAGUUAAGUCAAGAUAUUUGGAAUAAGCCAGAGUUGAAUUAUGAAGAGGUUUGCUCUCACCAGACAUUAGUUUCUUUCUUGGAAGAGUUUGGUUUUAACGUUGAAAAACAUUAUAUCCUUCCAACUGCAUUCAGAGCUGAAUAUGGAAGAGGAAAUUCACCGAAAGUUGCAGUGAUUUGUGAAUAUGAUGCACUUCCAGAAAUUGGUCAUGCUUGUGGACAUAAUUUGAUUGCAGAAGCUGGUGUUGCUGCUGCACUUGCCAUAAAAAAUGUUCUGGAGAAUCAAACAACUAUUCAAGGAAAGGUUGUAGUCCUUGGCACUCCUGCAGAAGAAGGUGGAGGAGGAAAAAUUAAAUUAAUUGAAGCAGGUGCUUUUAAAGAUAUUGAUGUUGCUUUAAUGGUUCAUCCCAGUCCUACAGAUCAUCUAUAUCCUCCAUUCAUAGGUGUUCUAAAGUUAACUGUGAGUUACAAAGGAAAAGCAGCACAUGCUUCUGGAUAUCCUUGGGAAGGAUUGAAUGCACUGGAUGCUGCUGUGGCUUGUUACAGCAAUAUUGCCUUUCUUAGACAGCAGAUAAAACCCACUUGUCGAAUUCACGCUGUCAUUACUAAAGGUGGCAAAGUUCCUAACGUUAUACCAGAAGAAACGGAAUUGAAGUUAUAUAUUAGAGCUAGUAAUUCUCGAGAACUAGAUAAUCUGAAGAAGAGAGUAGAACGAUGCUGUAUAGCUGCGGCCGAUGCUACAGGUUGCAAGGUAAAAGUGGACUUUAUAACUGAUGGGAAAUACGAUCCUCUUAUAACAAACGAUUAUUUGGCACGAACAUAUAAAAAAUAUGCAGAACCGAUGGGAGUGGAAUUUUUGGAUGGUAAUCCACGAUAUAUUCCUUUCAUGGCUUCUUCAGAUAUAGGGAAUGUAUCUCACGUAGUACCAAGCAUCCAACCGACUUACUCGAUUGGAACCUCUGCUCCUAAUCAUUCUUCAGCUUUCACGGAAGCUUCAGGUUCUGCCAAAGCUCAACAACCGACUUUAAUCGCGGCUAAAUCUAUGGCUUUGACAGCUGUAGAAAUUUUAUCCGAUCCACAAUUAUUACAUAAAAUUAAAGAACAAUUUAAGAAAGAUUUAUUGUAUGAUGCACAAAGUAGCGAUUGACAAUUAUACCGAUUACUAAUUUGAUGCAACCAUUUCUUUGCUCAAUUUCCGUUGCAUUGCCUUAUAAAAUUUAUAAAAUCAAAUUACGCGUGAAUGAUCGAGUUUUUAAAAUUGUUUCAAAAUUUUAUCGGAUCCAUUUUAUGUUAAAUUGUUUUAACACUUUUUUUUCUGCCGCCUUUUGAAAAGUUGCAUCGAAUUUGCCCAUUCAUUUUUUCCAAUAAAGUAUGCCACUGUUAGAGAUUUUAUACAGUUAUACACAGAAUAUUUUUUAUUUGGAACAAUCUUUAUGGAACUAGGUAGUCUACAAAAUUGAGUCACCCGCAUUUACCGAAGGACAAAAUGAUGAAAAACCAUUAUAAUUAAAUAUGUCCAUAAAAAAUACGAAACAAAGCAAUAAAAUAUAAUAUGGAAAAUGUUUCUUACACUUCAGAGUAGUAGUAAUAUCCGAAAAACAACGCACCAAUUUACAAGAAACUUCAAGCCUCUGAAUGUGGCUUCAUUGGCAUGUUGGAACAACGUCACAAGACGCAAAAUUCCGUCAGUUUGUCAGCGAAAACGUUAAAUUAAAUCUAUAAAUGUGAUAACCAAUUUAUAAAAUUUGAAAAUGAAACUUUUAUAACGUUGUUUUUGACUGAAAUAAUUAUUUUGUUAUAUGAAAGUUUAACUAUGGAAAAAGUAUUUAAAGAAUUGUUAAU